AUGGUUUCAGUGUCUGUGGCGCAGCAGGACGCCGCGCGAAUCCUCGGCCCUCUGAACAGUUUGGAUGUAGAACUGGGACAGAGCGAGCAGAUAGACGCCGUCUGCAGGCCUGUUCCAGAGGAGGUGAAGCCAAAGUUGGUGAAAGGAGCGAAGCGUUACGGCCGCCGCAGUAAACCCGACGCCGCGCUUACCUGUGACUCAGAAGACUCUCCGCCGUCCAGAGCGGAGGCCUCAGACUCGUCACCGACCGGCGUCCGAAAGGCCAAACUGAGACGGGCGACGUCACUGGAAAGCGUGGAGAGCCUGAAGUCUGACGAGGAGGCAGGAAGUCAGAAGGAGACAUCCUUUCAGUGUAAAGGUCAGCACCAGGGGGAGGAGCCAGGAGGACACGCGCUGAUGCUGGUGUGCGAACACCUGGGUCUGCAACACCUGCACACUGAGGAAGUGGACGUGCUGCUCAGGAAGUUGGAUCCCGACCUGGACGGCAGGGUCAGCAUCAGGGAAUUCAAGAAGGUGCUCUGUGGCUCCACCCCCAUCACCUGUUCCACCCCAGUACGACAAGCUGACCUGAGAGCGCCACACAAGGUGAGGCGCACACGCUCAGAGAAGAGUCUGCAGCCGAAGUCAGAGCUGCUGAAAUACUCCACGAAAGAAAAUGAGGUCACUGCUUCACCUGUGUCAAUAACUCCGCCCCUCAGAUCUGAGACUCUGUUCUGCUCCUCCAUGCAGCCUCGGGAGGUGUCAGAGGAGCACUCGGCCCGCUCCGCCUCGCCCUCCCUGCUGAUGGCCACCGUGGGUCAGAAGGUGCUCAGCCGGCUGGACGACGGCUCAGGAUGUACGAUUUGCGUCUCCUGGAGCAGGGAGGAGUCAGAGCAGCAGCUCGCUCAGAUGAAGAUGCAGCACGGUGAAGCUCAGCGCCGCCUCCUGCACCAGCUCCACCAGGAACGCCGGCGGCUGCAGGAGCAGAGAGGAUUCUGGGAGAGGAGGCUCGUGCAGGCGGAGCAGGAGAAACUGUGCAGUGAGGAGCGAGCCCGGGAAGAGAAGAGGAGCACGGAGGAACGGCAAGAGGAAGAGGUCCGGCUCCUGAAAGAGCAAGUCUCCGGUUUGCAGGAUGUCCUGCGGGCGUCCAGCCAAUCAGAGGCCAAUUUGAAGGAGGAGCUGGAGGCGUCUUACAGGCGGAGCGGGGAACUGGAGGCUCGGCUGGAGGAGGCCUGCGCGCAGCUGGAGGAGAGCAUCGCCUUCUUGGAGUCUCAGGAGCUUCUGAACAAACGCCUGGCCUCGGAGAAGAGCUCGGCGGAGGCGGAGCUGCUGCUAGCGAGGAGCAGGGAGGAGGAGCUUCAGGUCCAGGUGUCCCACACGAAGGCUGAGCUGGAGGAGCUGCAGGCUGCGUCCACCUGCCUCCUGCGGGACCGAGAGGAGGCGGCAGGAAGCUGCAACCGGCUCUCCUGCACCGUCGCCCAGCAACAGGCUCAGCUCCGAGCCCGCGAGCACACGGUCUCCUCCCUCAGGGCGGAGCUGGAGAACCUGCAGGAGGCGCUCAGGAGCAAAGCUGAGUCCGUUUCCAGACUCGCAGCCGAACUGGACUCUCUGAAGACGGACCGCGCCCGGCUGAUCCAGGACCUGAAGGAGCAGGCCAUGGCCGUGGACCACCUGCAGCUGCAGCUGGACGGCGUCUCCGAGGAGCUGCACCGGAGGAGGAGCGGCGAGGAGACCCUGCAGGAGGCUCUGGAGCAGGAGCAGAGCCGGACCUCGCUGCUGCGGUCCAGCCUGGCGGAGGAGAAGGAGGAGGUGUGGCGUCUGAGCCAGGAGAACGGGACCUACAUCCGGCUCACCGACCAGCUCUCCACCCAGAUCGUGGAGAUGGAGGAGGAGAUCUCUUCUCUCAGAGACCACCUCCGAGACCUCAGCUCCCAGCUCAACGACACCGCCGACCUCGUCCUGGAGCUCCGCAAGCAGCUCAACGCCAAGACGGGUCAGGUCGAGCCGGCGAGCAGCGAGCAGCUCCUGCAGCUGCAGACCGCUCUGCGGGACUCCGAGAGCCGGCAGAGGACGGCGGAGGAAGACUUGGAGAGGGAGAAGAGGAAGAUGACGAAGCAGCUGCUGGAGCUGGAGGAGCUGGUUCUGGCUCUGGAGGAGCUGGUGGAGCCGGCCGGUGCACGCAGGACUCAGCUGGAGGAGGUCCGAUCAGAGAACGCAGCGCUCCAGGAGAGACUCGGCGCCCUGCAGCAGGAAGUCCGCAAGAUGGAGGACGAGUGGGUGGAGGAGGACAAGGCCAAGCUGCUGAGAGACGCCGAUGAGCGAAAUACAAAGGUGGAGAAGCUGCAGCAGAGCGUGCUGUCUCUGGAGGCGGAGGCGGAGCUCCUUCGCUCUCAGCUUGCCGCCAUCAGUCAGGAGAAACUCAGCCACGCCCAGGAUGUGACGGAGCUACAGAGGAAGUUGCAGGAGGCUCAGAGCAGGGUGGAGGAGUUGGAGGCCGGUGUCAGGAAGCUGAUGAGGGAGAAGGAGGAGCUCCGACAGGCGCUGCAGGAGCAGGAGGAGCAGGCCUCUGUCACUCUGCAGGACGAGACCUGCAAACUGAGAGUCCAGAACCAGGAGCUCCAACACCAGCUCUCGGAGCUGCAGGUGGAAAAUGUGAAGGUCCACAAACUGAGCGAGGAGCAGAAGGAGCUGAAGAGCAGACUGAGUGAGGCGGAGGAGGCCCGGAUCCAGGCCCAGGACCAGGUCUGUGCCCCGGAUCAGGACUGCAGGGCGUCCAAUCAGAUAAAAGAGUUUUAUCAACAGGAACCAGGGCUGCAGCGAGACAACAGCUGCAGGGAGCGGGCGGAGGUGCUGCAGGCGCGGCUGGUGGAGGAGCAGAGGAGGAGUCUGCAGCUGGAGGAGGAGCUGAGGCAGCAGGAGCAGAAGAGCAGCUCUCAGAUCAGCACGAAGCAGGAUCAGUACGAGAAGGCGAUGGCGGCGCUGCAGCAGAGGGCGGAGGACGUGGAAACCAAACUGAAGGCGGUCCGUCUGCUCCUGCAGGAAAAGGUGGAGCAGCUUAAAGAGCAGCUGGCGAGGAACGCCAAGUCAAGCGCACUGCUGAAGGACCUGUACGUGGAGAACUCGCAGCUGAUGAAGGCGCUGCAGGUCACCGAGCAGCGGCAGAAACGCGCCGAGAAGAAGAACUUCCUGCUGGAGGAGAAGGUCGGCGCGCUCAACAAGCUGCUGAGGGACAUCGUCCCUGCAUCGCUCGCCACAUAACCAUGGCAACGCAGAGCAGAAGGCCCCAGCGGGAGGGGGCGGGGCCUCACCUGUGUGAAGCAGGUGGAUGUCUGGAGCACACGCGUUCGGUGUGUCAGUAUUAUCUUUGUUUAUAAUGAAACUUUUUAUUUUUGCGUCAUUGAAAUAAAGUUUUAAUGUCUCUGUGA